AUGGAUGCUGUACGCCGACCUAAUCUCGAUCUUAGUAAUUCUUCACCCAUUUCAUCAAUUUACACCAAAACCCCUCAAACACCAACCUCUUUCACUUUUCCCUAUAAGUACCGAUUAUCUUCUUCCAAUUUCAAUGGUUACCAUAGCAAGUGUAAAGUACCAACACCAUGUCAAGCUUUACCCAAGGAAAAUUCGAACGAAUCAGUUGAAUCCAAUAAGAAAUUGAUUGAUUCAAUCGCUAAAGGUUUGAUUGGGCUCGCUGCUGCAGUUUCUGUUUGUUUAGAUUCGCCAGCUCUUGCCGAGUCCUUGACAAUAGCAUUCCCAGCUUCUCGUACUCAUGAGGUGAAUGCUGUGCAGCGAACUCUCGUAGAGACUUGGGGCAGCAGACAUAACUCUGCACUAGCAACACUUGAUGGAAUUGAUGUAAUGGGAAGCAAAUUAGCUGAUGAGGUGAUAUCUAUGAUAGAACGCAAUCCUAAAGUUGAAAAGAUAUCAUUUAUAGGUCACUCACUUGGUGGCCUGAUAUCAAGAUAUGUUAUUUCUAAUCUCUACACACAGAAUCAAACAUACCAAGACAGAUCUGGUAAAAUUGCUGGAGUUGAGGCUAUUAACUUUAUUACAGUUGCGACUCCACACCUUGGCUCAAGUGGACACAGACAGGUCCGAAUAUUCUGUGGAGUCAGAGGUCUUGAGAAAGUAGGGUACCACAGUUCUGUGGUGGUUUGAAGAACAGGAAGACAUAUGUAUUUGAAACACAAGGCUAAUGGAUAGAGACAGACCCCUCUCUUGGUUCAGAUGGCCAAUGAUUCAGAACACCUAAAGUUCAUAUCCGCAUUGGAGUCGUUCAAACGCCGUGUUGUUUAUGCAAAUGUCCAUUCAGACCAUCUUGUGGGAUGGAUCACAUCAUCAAUCCGUCAUCAGAUUCAGCUGCCUAAGAUAAAAAAUCUUGUGAGAAGUGGUAGAUAUCCCCAUAUUCUCAAGGAAGAUGCAGAAAAUAUCACAAAAUAAGAAACCUCUCUGGACCCACAUCCCAAAACCCACAAGACUAAGACAGCCACUGCCACUGCCACUGCCAGCAUGGAAGGUAGCAACCAAUUCAUUAUUCAACUGUUGAGUUAUAUGAAUUCUAAUACCAUCAAUUAAAAAUGCAGAAAUGAUGAUUAAGGGAUUGAGUCAAAUAAGUUGGGAAUGGGUUGAUGUUAGCUUUAAAGGAAGUAACCAAAGAUACCUUGCACACAAUACAAUCCAGGCAAGCAUCACACCCCCGCCCAUAUGUUUCUUUACAUUUCAAUCUCUAUUCUUCAUUAUUAUUAUUCAUGUUGUUGUUCAAACUUAAAAUAAAAUUUCCCAAUUUGUUAGGCAACUUUAUGCCAUUCAGACAAUCUGUGGAUGAUCAUAACUUAUAAAAUAUCUACCAAAAAAUUGAAGUUGUUAAGCAUCUGAAUCUGGUUCUUUCCCAAGUUUGAGAUG